CGAUUAGCUGGAAGUCUAAAAGAAGUAUAAAAGCAGUAAACAUGGCGGUGAAGAACAGAGCGGAAAACACGGUCAAAAACGGUCAGUGGUCCGAUGACAAAGACAACAUGUCAACGACUGAAUACUGCCAGCGGCUGCAGCAGUGGAUGUGGCGCUACAGUGGCCAUGUGAGCUGGCAGAGCUGGGUGUUCAUGUCCGCGCCGCUCUGUCCUCCGCCCCCCGGCGGCUGUAACGUGACGCCCGCUGACAUCGCGGCUCGGUGUCCCCGGACGAGCCGCCCAGCAGCCGCUGACACAUCCAGCAGCUCUGAGAGAGCACCAGCACAGCCGGCAGGUAGAGAGAACACCAUCCCCUCCCCGCUCCGUAGAUUUCUGGCAGAAACUGUGGAUUUCUUCAUUCUCUUCUGUGUUAAGGCAACCGUAGUGCUGUGGAUCGUGCAUCUCAGUGGAAUGAGAUCAUCUGUAUUUGGGGAGCUGGAGGUGCCACUCCUGGAAAGUUCCUGCUGGGGCUUCGAGUCGUCACAUGUGACACAACAGUCCUAGUGCGGGUCGGGUUUUGGUGGUACCCGCAUCCAGUGUCAGCUUAUCUGCGUGAGUUAUGUGUAUACUGUUUUUUUCUGCCAGAAAGAAAUAGCCCUGAUAAAAUAAUAUUAAAAACAAUAUAUAUGUAUUUACGUUUUCUUUUGCAGCUCCACAGUACGGGCUUUAAACAAAAACUUCUCCAUCGCCUUCCUGUUUCCAAUCUUCAUCACGUUACUAUUUUUCCAGCACAACAGAACUGUUUAUGACGUUGUGGCUGGAACCAUCGUGGUUCGGAGGAGAAGAGCCAAAUGACCAGUCUCUGUCAAAAUCACGUGAAAACAGCCCCUGUCGAGCAUCAAGUGCUUACAAAUGUUCUCAGUAGCUUUUCGAAAAAUAUCCAUAUAGUAUUUCCUUCAGAUUUGCACUAAUGAUCCAUGUACAAAGUCUGAUCACAUAGCUAUUGUUUACAGCACUGAGAAGUAUCUGCUUUCAUAGAAAAGUUACGGAUCCCUCAACAGACAGUAUAGUAGUUCAUGUUGAAUGAUGAGUGAUAACAAGCUCAAGACAUGUGUUUUAUGUAGGCAUGCUUGGAAAUUUUAUCCGAGUGGAAUGUUUCACUCUAAACACCAGCUUGAUCCACAAGGUUUUCAUAACUUCUCCUCAGCUUCAAGCUUUACGGCCCAGAUGAGUCUGUUAUUAAUCUUACUAAAGGCUGGGACGUGAGCUCGGCAUUCAAUGCGUAUCCUUCCACACAUGCACACAGAUGUCCGGAAUAUUCCAUAACUGAUAUGCCUCACUACAAUUCUCAGGGUUUCUUAAAAACCUGUUGUAUGUGGCGUAUGUUUCAGUUCUGAUCUUUGAUAUGUGCAGUGUUAAGUAUUGUAUUUUGAAAUUCACAGUAUUCAGCAUGCCAAGCACAUCAGCUGUUCUGAUUUAUCAUUGUGCAUGGUUCAUAAAAAUAUAUUCAGAUUCUUUAAGACAAGGUUUGAUACUCAACAGCAGUGCAUUUAACACUUCCUUGUGUAUUUUAUGCACAAAUAAUGUUAAAUCCAACUGGCAUGUGGCUAAAUUAAAUCAACCCCCUAAUACAUUAUCUUUCUCAUGUCAUAACUUGUGUUUAAAUACUAGUAUAUUUUUCAUUAAUAUUUUGAAUGAAUUUUUGUUGUUUUACAUUUCCUAGUUUCGUUUUAAUUUUAGUUAA